AUGAGUGAUUUACAAAUGGUCAUCGGUGCAAAAUGUUUUGUACCAGACGAGACACACGUGUGGCUUGCAGCUGAAGUAUUACGGGAUGAGAAUUCAGGUGAUGGAAAGACACGUAAGAUAUUUUGUAAAGUGGAAUUACCUGAUGGUACAAUGGAAGAACGAUGUGUGGAUAUGUUGGAAAAGAAAACAAAAGCAUUAUUAGCUGUACAUCAACUUGAGACUUUACCAUAUCAGAAUGAAACGGGUGGAUCGGAUGGGAUUGAAGAUAUGAUUACACUUAAUUAUUUACAUGAGGCUGCUAUUUUGUUUAACAUUAAGAAACGUUUUCUAUGUAAAUUACCCUAUACAUAUACGGGUGAUAUUUGUAUUGCAAUUAAUCCUUAUCAAUGGCUACCUGAUCUCUACACGGAGGAACAACAUUUACGAUAUCUUCAUCAACCAAAGGAAGAACUGCCUCCACAUGUUUACGCUACAUCAGUUGCUGCAUACGAUAAUAUGCGACGAUCUAAAUUGAAUCAAUCGAUCUUAGUUAGUGGAGAGUCGGGUGCUGGAAAGACGGAGACGACCAAGAUUCUGAUGAACCACUUGGCUACUAUUGCUGGUGGUAUGAAUAAUUCAACGAUUAAGAGAAUUAUUGAAGUCAAUCCACUUCUUGAGUCGUUUGGUAAUGCCAAGACAGUACGAAACGAUAAUUCCAGUCGAUUUGGCAAGUUUACACAACUACAAUUUGACAGGAAUGGUACGCUCGUGGGUGCUAAAUGCCGCACGUAUUUGCUAGAAAAGACACGUGUCAUUCAGCACGAAGCACCGGAGCGCAAUUACCACAUCUUUUACCAGCUGCUGGACUCUUCUGACAUUGCAUCAGAGCUACAGCUUGACUCGACAAAAACUUACAUGUAUACGGGUAACAACACGGCACAAAAGAUCGAGGGACUUUCCGACGAGAAACACUUUAACAAGACACGUGAGGCACUGGAGCUUGUCGGGCUGUCUCGUGAUGAUCAGCAGCCACUGUUUGAGGUGCUGGCAGGUGUGCUUCACCUUGGUGAAGUGCAGUUGCAAUCAGAUGCAUCAGACGAUGAGAAAUCUCUCAUUGCUGUGGGUGACAGUGGUGCGAAUGCUGCUACUCAGAUGCUUGGUGUCACAUGGGAAGCACUUGAAGCUGCACUGUGUUCGCGUACGAUGCGUGCCGUAAACGAUGUGUACAGCGUACCGCUGAAGAAGGAGCUGGCUAUGGAUUGCCGUGACGCACUUGCCAAAGCAAUUUACUCCAACGUGUUUGACUGGCUUGUGGCCACGAUUAACCAGUCCCUGGCUGACGAUGCCAAUAUGUCAAACCACGUGGGUGUACUCGAUAUUUUUGGUUUUGAGCACUUCAAGCACAACUCGUUUGAGCAGUUUUGUAUUAACUAUGCCAACGAGAAGCUUCAGCAAAAGUUCACGCAGGAUGUAUUCAAGACUGUCCAGAUUGAGUACGAGGAAGAAGGUAUCGUAUGGGAUCACAUUGAGUACGCGGAUAAUCAAGAUGUGUUGACGGUGGUUGAGUCGCGCAUGGGCAUCAUUUCUCUGUUGAACGAAGAGGUAAUGCGACCAAAGGGUAGCGAGGAGUCCUUUAUGUCAAAGGUGACAUCCCUGCACAGGGAAGACAUGGCACAUGUUAUUGAAUUCCCUCGUACAUCACGUACUGAGUUCCUGAUAAAGCACUAUGCUGCUCCUGUCAUGUAUGAUUCGGUGGGAUUCUUGGAGAAGCACAAGGAUUCGCUGCUGCCUGAUCUGUCUGAGCUCAUGCGUGGUUCGUCUAAACCCUUCAUCGCGAAGCUCUUUGAACCGAAGCCAGAACCCAAGACAGUUGCAUCUGAAGCGUCAGGCGGUCGACGAAAGCGUGGUGGUGCUUUAUCUAUCACGACUGUCGGUACUCAAUUCAAAGAGAGUUUGACGGAACUGAUGGCGACUAUUAAUUCUACUCGAGUCCACUACGUGCGUUGUAUUAAGCCGAAUCCAAUCAAAAGCUCGACGGUUAUGGAUCAGUCCAUGGUGGUGUCUCAAUUGCGAUGUGCUGGUGUGAUUGAAGCCAUUCGUAUCUCUCGUGCAGCAUACCCGAAUAGGUUGCAACAUACAGAGAUUUUGAGCAAGUUUUGGCUGUUUGUACCUAGCGGUGGUAACACUGCGGUAGAAAAGUGUCAAUUACUUAUGGACAAACUGAAACUGGAGUCUCCAGUGCAGUACCAAAUGGGUAAGACCCGUGUGUACUUUCAAUUGGGUGUACUUGAAGAACUCGAAGAUCGUCGUAAGAAGUUCCUGGAUGCCAAGGCCACAUACCUACAGAAUGUGAUGGUUAGUUUCACGCAGCGCAUCAAGUACCUUCGACAACUGGAAGCUAUCAUUAAGCUGCAGUCAGUGAUCAGGUGCGUGAUUGCUAUGCGGAGAUACAACACGUUCAUGAACGGCCUCAUCUUGGCGCAAGCUCAAUGGCGAGGCAUUCAGGGUCGGAAGGUGGCAGCGGAGGUCAAGAGCAACCACUAUGCUGUUAUCAUUCAGCGGUACGUGCGCGGCUAUGUCAAGCGCCACCGUUACGUUAAACUGCGGGCGAUGGUUGUCCGCGUCCAGGCUGUGGUUCGUAUGACGAUUCAGCGACCGAAGUAUCUUGCUGCGCUUGAAGAGAAACGUCAUGAAGCUGACAUGGCUUACCAGCUGGACAAGUUGAAGGCCGCUUUGCAAGAAGAGCAGGAAAGGAAUGCCCAGCUGCAGCGCCGCAGUAGCGUGACGACAGCGGAUUCGACUGCUGCAUCGAGUGUGGUGAUGGCUGAUGCUGGUGGUAUGAUUGAAACCCUUACAGAUGAGAACAAGAGGCUGCGUGAGAAGAACGAGGAAAUAAAGUCUGCGAUGAAGGGAUUAAAGGCGGAGAUUGAGAAGUUCAAGAGCGAUAAGGAGUUCUCAUCGGCUGGCAAUUACGUCAAAGUCUGUCAGCUGCAGGACACUGUGCGCGAGAAGGACAAGAAGAUCAAGAUGCUCGAGGCCGACAACAAAAAGCUGGUAGAGCAGCUUGCAAAGAUCCACGUGAACGGUUUGCCCGAGAAGAAGUCUACGCAGAAGAAGUCAAUCUUCCGUACGCUAGGGUCCAAAAAGGAGAAGCAGCCGCGUGAGGCCGUGCUGAUGGACUCGCUCACUGGCUCGGAUGACCUUAAUCGUCGUUCGGAGACGCGUGGAUCGGAGCGUCAGUUCCCUCGCAUGCCGACUAUGAGCGUAGGCUCUCGCUUUUGGAACUCAAGCAAGAAGGGCGAUAACGGCGACGGCUUUGACGUCUCGGAGGUUGACGGUGAAGACAGUCCCACGAACAGCUUAACGCGCAACACGAUCGUGAAGAGCAUGGAGGUAGGAGUGACUGGUGCCAUGUCGAGUCUGAAGGGUCGAAUGUCGGUCGUGAAGGGCAUGUAUGAUUCUAGGAGCAAACGUACAAACAGUAAGCCGGAGGAGACUGCAAACACGUCCGACAACAAUACGUCGGCGAUUGUCCCUGCCACAAAGAGUGCAAGGGUGAAACCGGCAGCAAAGGCGACAGAUCGCCCUGUGCGCGAGUCAUUUAACUUAGAUGCGUUGCCAGAAGUCUCUCUGCCUGUCGGUUGGGAGGCUAAGGUAUCCCGCUCGACGGGACGCGUGUACUACGUGAACCGCAAGCUUGGCAAGUCCCAGUUUGAGCGCCCCACGCUAGCUUCACUGAAGGCGCAAAAGCUGGCGCGUCAGAAGUCGGCUAACGUGGAGUAA